CCGAUCGGGUUCUUAUUGACCGGUUCACCCGGUACUGGUAAAUCAUUAAUCAUGGAUCUUUUUUUCGAAAGUUUAACAACCCCUAAGAAACUCAGAAGACAUUACCAUCAUUUCUUACUUUCACUCUAUUCAUUAGUUUUCAAUCGACUCGAAUCUCAUCCAAGCGAUCCAGUUUUAAAUGGACCAGAUUUCGUUUUAGCACAAGUAGCCAAAGAUUUGAUUCUUACUCAAGGUUGGAUCUUAGCCUUUGAUGAAAUCCAAAUGGUAGAUGUAGCAGGUGCUGGGAUCUUGAGUAGAGUCAUUGAAUGGUAUUGGAGAUUAGGUGGGAUCGUCUUAGGUACCUCGAAUCGAGUACCUGAACAUAUGUAUGAUGAAGGAGUUCAGAAAUCGACUGUCUUGCCUUUCUUGAAUAGACUUCAAGAUAAAUCUCCUACCGUUCAACUCGAUUCACUUCGUGAUUGGCGUCGUGAGCUAAGUGAUGAAAGUAAAUCGACUUUAGAUCUUCCUACUUCUUGGCAUACCGGAUCUCAAUCUGAUCAUUCUUGGUCAGAACGCGUUCGUAAAUUUUUACCACAAGAAGAGCAAACCGAAUUAUUGAUCUAUGGACGUAGAAUUGAAAUCAAACGAGCCAACUUGGAUCAAAAAUCUGUCUUGAUGACUUACAAAGAAUUAUGUGAAGCUCCACUUGGACCAGCAGAUUAUCUAUUAAUCGCAUCCACCUUUGAAACCAUUCUUGUAGAAAACGUACCAGUCUUCACCGGUUUAAUGAAGAAUGAAGCACGUAGAUUUAUUACUUUUAUUGAUGCGUGUUAUGAAUGUCAAGUGAAAUUACACAUCAAUGCAGCCGACGAAAUCGAUAAUCUUUUCUUUCCAGACCACGAUCCAAACUCUAUAAACCUAGAAGACCCUGAUCCGAUCCAAGCCGAAAGCAUUUCAGAACUCAUUCAAGACUUGGUAUCUAGUGGAUCUAAUUCGAGUCAGACCACUUUGGCUAUCUUUACCGGUCAAGACGAACAAUACGCUUUUCAAAGAGCUGUUUCGCGAUUACAUGAGUUG